AUGAAAUAUGUAAUAUGCUGGGCAUGGCGCCUGCCCCCAGGAAAUGAUAACAAUAAUUCCCUGCCCUAAAGGGCAAACAAAGAAGAUAACUGUUCUCCAAAGUCAACGACGCUCUGAGAACGCCACUAAAAGGAACUCAGGAUAAUCUCAACUCUAGCUUGGCCAGAGUGGUUCCAACGCUCAAAUCGUUCCCUCCUUCAGUGAUUGGCUGAGCCUGCCAGAGUCGAACAGCGGAAAGCAGCCCCGGGGCCUCUUGCUGCCCCUAGGUCGGUGUAAGUGGCUUCACAGGUCCUUGUAGUUGCCUGACCCUAGUGGUCCAGCUUCCUGCCCUUAUGCAACUCUUGGCUUCGUUCAAACGGACCGCCUUUGCCAGCACCCAGUCAGAACGCUCGAUCUUCGGCUGUUGUCCAAUGAACGCGCGUAAUGGGGAGGGGAAAAAAAGAGAGUGUGAAGCCCAAUCGCAGCGCCAUUACACUUGAGGGCAAAGAGGUUAGGAAGCCGGCAUGGCGCUCCGGUCAAUAAAAUCGAUAGCUGGAAGCUGCCUGUGUUCCAGGCAAAGGCGGUGCGGUAGCAGCGCCGCCAUUUUCCCCGAAGGCAUCUUCCGGUGCCUUUCACCCAAGUUCGGGCAGGAGUUUCCUGAAUAACAGCAAAGGGUUUCCGUUAGCCCUGCGGGCGGCCGAUUCCAAUUCCCUCCGGGCCUCCCUGGCCACGCUCAGCCCUGGUGCGGCGGGGGCUCCUCGAUCCCAGGGGCCGCCAGCGCCCGAGGGCCGAGGCCUGGACGGGGAAGGCCGUGGCGCCGGCUCCUCGGGUCCCAUGGCGCCGCCUUCGGCUCCGCUCCGGGCGCAGGGACCAGGAGAGGCCAGACCCAGUCGGAAAAGGGGCAGGAGGCCGAGGGCUCUGAAGUUCGUGGACGUGGCCGUGUACUUCUCCCCGGAGGAGUGGGGCUGCCUGCGGCCCGCGCAGAGGGCCCUGUACCGGGACGUGAUGCGGGAGACCUACGGCCACCUGGGCGCGCUCGGGUGCGCAGGUCCCAAACCAGCCCUCAUCUCCUGGUUGGAACGAAACACUGAUGACUGGGAACCAGCUGCUCUAGAUCCGCAGGAGUACCCGAGAGGGCUGACAGUCCAGAGAAAAAGCAGAACCAGAAAGAAGAAUGGGGAAAAGGAAGUAUUCCCGCCUAAGGAGGCACCCCGAAAGGGGAAGCGAGGCCGGAGGCCCAGUAAACCCCGACUGAUUCCCAGGCAGACGUCCGGGGGCCCCAUCUGCCCUGACUGCGGCUGUACCUUCCCUGAUCAUCAGGCCCUGGAGAGCCACAAGUGCGCCCAGAAUCUAAAAAAGCCUUACCCUUGCCCAGACUGUGGGCGCCGCUUUUCCUAUCCAUCCCUGCUGGUCAGUCACCGGCGGGCACACUCCGGCGAGUGCCCCUAUGUUUGUGACCAGUGUGGCAAACGUUUCUCCCAGCGCAAGAACCUCUCCCAGCACCAGGUCAUCCAUACAGGCGAGAAGCCCUACCACUGCCCUGACUGUGGUCGCUGUUUCCGGAGGAGCCGGUCCUUGGCCAAUCACCGGACCACACACACAGGCGAAAAACCCCACCAGUGCCCUAGCUGUGGACGUCGCUUCGCCUACCCCUCCCUGCUAGCCAUUCACCAGCGUACACACACGGGAGAGAAGCCCUACACCUGCCUCGAGUGCAACCGCCGCUUCCGCCAGCGCACCGCCCUCGUUAUCCACCAGCGCAUCCACACGGGUGAGAAGCCCUACCCGUGCCCGGACUGCGAGCGGCGCUUCUCCUCCUCCUCUCGCCUAGUCAGUCACCGGCGUGUGCACUCUGGGGAGCGUCCCUAUGCCUGCGAGCACUGUGAGGCCCGCUUCUCCCAGCGCAGCACACUGCUCCAGCACCAGCUCUUGCACACGGGAGAGAAGCCCUACCCCUGCCCAGACUGUGGGCGUGCCUUCCGGCGGAGCGGCUCCCUGGCCAUCCAUCGCAGCACGCACACUGAGGAGAAACUGCACGCCUGCGACGACUGUGGCCGGCGCUUUGCCUACCCCUCACUGCUGGCCAGCCACCGGCGCGUGCACUCGGGCGAGCGGCCCUAUGCCUGCGACCUUUGCUCCAAGCGCUUUGCUCAGUGGAGCCACCUGGCCCAGCACCAGCUGCUGCACACGGGGGAGAAGCCUUUCCCCUGCCUCGAGUGUGGCCGGUGCUUCCGCCAGAGGUGGUCUCUGGCUGUCCACAAGUGUAGCCCCAAGGCCCCAAACUGUAGCCCUAGAUCUGCUCUCGGGGGCUCCAGUCAGAGGGGCAAUGCCCAUUAGAAGGGGAAGGACUGGCUACGUUCAUUUCAUUUUAUGGAAGGACCCAGAAAAGGGAAGGAGGAGCCCCAGGUCAUACAGGGCAGAGUCAGAACUAAACCCAGGUCUCCUGCUGGACAGAGCUGAACUUUAGUAUCUUGCACUGCACUGACUGCCUCCCUGUGCGUGUCUGGAACAGUCCCAUUAGGAGAGGUGACAUCAUUUGGUUAAAGUUUUUCAAGCUACCCUAUCCUUAAAUAGUUUGUCUGGAUAUCAGGGCUAAAAGUUCUCCCCAUCUAUUUUAGGGGCUGUCUGCUUUUCUAGUCUGUGCACACAGGGAUUACCUGUCAUCUUGCAUGCAAUCAGGAGAAUCUCAUUUAUAGGUGCAGGACCUUCCCCUACUCUGCCUCUUCCUCCAUACUAGGUUGGAAAAGUCUGGUUUAGCCCACUUUUUACAACACUCCUGCCAAGUGGUCUCUACCCCUUGCUUGAAAAUCUCCCUUGACAGGGAGCUCACUACCUCACAAGGCAGGUCAUUUCAUUGUGGGAUCUAUAGAAAGUUAAGUACCACAUUCUCAUCUGUAAACCUUGCCUACCACAUGUUUAAUACUUCUACUUGGCAGCCCUUCAGAUAACUUAAUCACAACCAAUUUGCCCCCAAAUUUUCAGGUUAAGUAGCAGGAAUUUGGUCAUUCCUUAAAGACAGGGUUUCAAUUUCCACACAUGAUCUCUGCAAACAGGCUCUGGGUUUUCAGUGUCCUUUUUGAAGGGUCAUGUAAAAAUAAGGUAGCACCCACAGUGCCACUACACCUUCUGGGGCUGGACUUGUUUCAGCAGCUUUGGUUGCACUGAAUUUGGGGGAGCUGCACGGUACCAGCAGUUUAUUGGGAUGCAGAUAUAUAAAUGCCCUAAACUUAAAAAAAAAAAAAAAGCUAAGUCUUCAUCUUGUGUUUGGAAAAUUGGUUCAAGCUGCGUAUGAGACAUAAGCGCAGUCAGCUCUGGGAGAAGGUUGGUCUUAAGGAAAAGCAGGGACCUGUGGUUUAGGAAAUGCAAAUGGGACUGGCUUGUGCUCUACCUGGCAGACCUGGCUUGGCUUCAGGCGGCCAGUGCCUGAAAAAGCCUGGAGAAUUGGGCCAUACUCGACCCGGAUUCUCGUCAGGCACAGAUGAAUCACAGGCACAUAAUCGGCACAGAACUUCCAUGAGGCCUCAGUCAGCAUUUUUUCACAAAAUGAGGUGAGGCCAUUCAAGGAGGCUAGAAAGAGGGAAUUGAACCCAGAGAGAAAGAGUCUAUAGUCAUCAAGUUGUGUCCAUGCCAGCCUCCCUCCAGAGAGGUGGCAGUAGUGUGUCUCAAUCUGAUCCACCUCCAUGGCACCCGCCGGGUAGGUGCUUCAUAAAGCUUUACCGCGUUAAAUGUGAACAAGGCCUACCACUUUGCCUUGGGCAGCUGCACCAAAUUAGAAUUUCCAGAUGUGACUCAUAUUCCAACAGCUGGAGUGGGUCAUCCUUUACCCCUGUGGCGCCUUACUACAGCUCUCCUGAUCUGGGCCCAAGCAGGGGAGCAGCUGGGGAACACAGCUUUAUGUAAUUACCUCUGUUCAAUCUUUAGCAAGUUGCAUUGUAACAUUGUAACUAUUUGUUUCUCCUUGGAUGGUGAGCUGCCCCCAAGAAGGGGUCAUAUCAGAUUGGGUCUCAUUAAAAUGUCUGAUGAAUGAA